GAUGGCCGAUGAGAUUGACUGGCUGGACCUGCCCGGCCGGUGGGCCUACGGAGUUGACGGUGGUGGGAGAAUCUUCUUCAUCAAUGAUGAGGAAAAGUCAACCAGCUGGGUGAACCCUGGAACAAAGUCACCCAUCCAGAGUGGACACACCUCCUGCCCAGGUUUGCCCAAGGGCUGGGAAGUGGAUUCCACCCAGGAAGGAGCUGUGUAUUUCAUCAACCACAAUGAAAGACGGAACACAUUUCUACAUCCAGUGACUGGCCAGGUCCCAGAAGAAAACAAAACAUUUGACUUGAAAAUAUCAGCCUUGGACAUGUCCAAUAAAACAGGUGGGAAACGCCCGGCUACCACCAACAGUGACAUACCCAACCACAACAUGGUGUCCGAGGUCCCUCCAGAGCGGCCCAGCGUCCGGGCAACUCGCACACCCCGCAAAGCUGUCGCCUUUGGCAAGCGCUCACACUCCAUGAAGCGGAACCCCAAUGCACCUGUCACCAAGGCGGGCUGGCUCUUCAAACAGGCCAGCUCCGGGGUUAAGCAGUGGAACAAGCGCUGGUUCGUCCUGGUGGAUCGCUGCCUCUUCUACUAUAAAGAUGAGAAGGAAGAGAGUAUCCUGGGCAGCAUCCCCCUCCUGAGCUUCCGGGUAGCCGCAGUGCAGCCCUCAGACAACAUCAGCCGGAAACACACGUUUAAGGUGACUGUGUGCUGGGUGGAUGAGGCCAAGGCCAGCUCCACGCACUGCCUCUCCCCACAGGCCGAGCAUGCCGGGGUCCGCACCUACUUCUUCAGUGCCGAGAGCCCCGAGGAGCAAGAGGCCUGGAUCCAGGCCAUGGGGGAGGCUGCUCGAGUACAGAUCCCUCCAGCCCAGAAGUCAGUGCCCCAAGCUGUGCGGCACAGCAGCCAUGAGAAGCCAGACUCGGAGAACAUCCCACCCAGCAAGCACCACCAGCAGCCGCCCCACAACAGCCUCCCCAAGCCUGAGCCAGAGGCCAAGACUCGAGGGGAGGGUGAUGGCCGAGGCUGUGAAAAGGCAGAGAGAAGGCCAGAGAGGCCAGAAGUCAAGAAAGAGCCUCUGGUGAAAGCCAACGGCCUCCCAGCUGGACCGGAGCCAGCCUCAGAGCCAGGCAGCCCUUACCCUGAGGGCCCAAGGGUGCCAAGGGGUGGGGAACAGCCUGCCCAGCCCAAUGGCUGGCAGUACCACUCCCCAAGCCGGCCAGGGAGCACAGCUUUCCCGCCUCAGGACGGAGAGACUGGGGGACACCGGCGGAGCUUCCCGCCACGCACCAACCCCGACAAAAUUGCCCAGCGCAAGAGCUCCAUGAACCAGCUUCAGCAGUGGGUGAACCUGCGCCGGGGAGUACCCCCACCUGAAGAUCUUCGGAGAUUCUACCCUGUGUCUCGCAGGGUCCCUGAAUACUACGGCCCCUACUCCUCCCAGUACCCUGAUGAUUACCAGUACUACCCGCCAGGGGUGCGGCCAGAGAGCAUCUGCUCCAUGCCGGCCUAUGAUCGGAUCAGCCCGCCCUGGGCCCUGGAGGACAAACGCCAUGCCUUCCGCAAUGGGGGUGGCCCUGCCUACCAGCUGCGAGAGUGGAAGGAGGCUGCCAGCUACGGGCGGCAGGAUGGCACCGUCUGGAUCCCAAGCCCCUCCCGGCAGCCAGUCUAUUAUGAUGAGCUGGAUGCUGCCUCUAGCUCCCUGCGCCGCCUGUCCCUGCAGCCCCGCUCCCACUCUGUGCCCCGCUCACCCAGCCAGGGCUCCUACAGCCGUGCCCGCAUUUACUCCCCUGUCCGCUCACCCAGUGCCCGUUUUGAGCGACUGCCACCUCGCAGCGAGGACAUCUAUGCUGACCCUGCUGCCUAUGUGAUGAGGCGAUCCAUCAGCUCCCCCAAGUAUGAUUACCUGGGAGACAGGCGGCCAGUCCCUGCAGGACUGUUCCCCUACAACUACCCACCAUCCCCCACGGUCCACGAUAAGAUGAUGAGUGAGAGUGAGACUCUCAUCAGUAUGGUGAACCGCAUGGUGGAAAACUCCUCCCCCAGGUCCCAACUCUUCAUGCAAGUCCCUCCGUACCCAGAAGUGUUCCGGGACAGCCUCCAUACCUACAAGUUAAAUGAACAAGACACAGAUAAGCUGCUGGGAAAAUUGUGUGAGCAGAACAAGGUGGUGAGGGAGCAGGACCGGCUGGUGCAGCAGCUCCGAGCUGAGAAGGAGAGCCUGGAAAGUGCCUUGAUGGGGACCCACCAGGAGCUGGAGAUGUUUGGAAGCCAGCCCGCCUACCCAGAAAAGCUGCGGCACAAAAAGGAUUCUCUGCAGAACCAGCUCAUCAACAUCCGUGUGGAGCUGUCUCAGGCGACCACGGCCCUGACGAACAGCACCAUAGAGUAUGAGCACCUCGAGUCUGAGGUCUCUGCCCUGCACGAUGACCUCUGGGAGCAGCUCAAUUUGGACACCCAGAAUGAGGUGCUGAACCGGCAAAUCCAAAAGGAGAUCUGGAGGAUCCAGGACGUGAUGGAGGGGCUGAGGAAGAACAACCCCUCCCGGGGCACGGACACUGCCAAGCACAGAGGAGGACUUGGCCCCUCAGCUACCUACAGCUCCAACAGCCCGGCCAGCCCCCUCAGCUCUGCCAGCCUCACCAGCCCCCUGAGCCCCUUUUCACUGGUGUCGGGCUCUCAGGGGUCCCCCACCAAGCCUGGCUCCAACGAGGAACCUGGCCCGCCUCGGCCUCCCCUCCCCAAAGCCUACGUCCCCCUGGAGUCUCCUCCAGCCGUCCCUCCACUCCCUAGCGAGAGCCGCUUCUGGCCCUACCCCAGCUCCCCUUCCUGGCACCGCAGUGGCGAGACAGCCAGGGGGCAGCCCAAGGCAAGCUACGAACAAAGCAAGAAAGACCCCCACCAGACAUCACCCCUGGACACCCCCAGAGACAUCAGCCUUGUGCCCACCAGACAAGAGGUAGAGGCAGAGAAGCAGGCAGCUCUCAACAAAGUUGGUGUUGUGCCCCCUCGGACAAAAUCGCCCACUGAUGACGAGGUGACCCCAUCAGCAGUGGUGAGGAGGAAUGCCAAUGGGUUCACCAAUGGACUCUCCUCCCAGCAGGAACGUCCCAAGAGUGCUGUGUUCCCUGGCGAGGGGAAAGUCAAGAUGAGCGUGGAGGAGCAGAUUGACCGAAUGCGGCGGCACCAGAGUGGCUCCAUGAAGGAGAAGCGGAGAAGCCUGCAGCUCCCGGCCAGCCCGGCCCCCGACCCCAGUCCCCGGCCAGCCUACAAAGUGGUGCGCCGCCACCGCAGCAUCCACGAGGUGGACAUCUCCAACCUGGAGGCAGCCCUGCGGGCAGAGGACCCUGGUGGGCAGGCCUACGAGACACCCCGGGAGGAAAUUGCCCGGCUUCGCAAAAUGGAGCUAGAGCCCCAGCAUUAUGAUGUAGACAUCAAUAAGGAGCUCUCCACUCCAGACAAAGUCCUCAUCCCCGAACGGUACAUUGACCUGGAGCCUGACACUCCUCUGAGCCCUGAGGAGUUGAAGGAGAAGCAGAAGAAGGUGGAGAGGAUCAAGACACUCAUUGCCAAAUCCAGUAUGCAGAACGUGGUGCCCAUCGGCGAGGGGGACUCUGUGGACGUGCCCCAGGACUCAGAGAGCCAGCUGCAGGAGCAGGAGAAGCGGAUUGAAAUCUCCUGCGCCCUGGCGACCGAGGCCUCCCGCAGGGGCCGCAUGCUGUCUGUGCAAUGUGCCACCCCAAGCCCUCCCACCUCCCCUGCUUCCCCGACUCCUCCAGCCAACCCCCUGUCGUCUGAAUCCCCACGGGGCGCCGACAGCAGCCAUACCAUGCGGGUCUGAGCUCUGACUGCAAGCCCUGGCUGAGGCCAAUGCUGUGAAGCUCCACAGAGUCACAUUCUGAAGCCGUCCUCUGCCCACCUGAGGUCCUGGCUCCCCACCCUGGCCCCCUGCCCCUGCACUCCCAUGGGAAUGCUGCAGGGAGCCAGGCUGGGGCCACGGGCUGCUGCCGAGAGGAGCGUGGAUACCUCAGUGUCCACACACCCACUAUGCCUAACCCUGGAGCUCUCACUACUCACAUCGUGGUCCUGGGCCAGGACCUGAGAUGGCACUGGGGAGCACCAUCCUCGUUAAUGCCCAAGUCACAGGGAGCCUCGGCCUUGCUCUGGCUGGGGUUGUGGUGACUCCAGUGGAACAAUCCCUGAUGUGGGACAUGCUGUGGUGGAGAACACACUUAUGGCUAUCUUAUGUAAGGACUAGAGGUGAAGAGGAGAUGGACACUGCCUCUUGGAGCCAGCCUGACACCGAGGACAGCACUUGUCGUCAUCCCUAUCUUCAUCAGCCCCACCCGGCUGCCUCAGCUGGACCCAGGGCUUUGACAAACCCAGUGCUUUGCUUAUGGGUGCUCGCUGGGGUCCAUUGGAGACUGACCACCCUGCUUGAGCCAAAGACAAGGUGAUGAGAGAUGGGGAGAGGCUAUUGGCUCCCAGAGGGAACAGUGCUGGUUGUGGCUAGAGAACAGCAGGUCUGUGCAGUGUCUGAGGGCAGGUUGGGAAGGGUAGCAGAGAGAGAGAGACAGAAAGAGAGAGAGAGAGAGAGAGAUCCUCAGAGUGGGAGGAGGGGGAAGCAGCAGGACAUAUUGGCAAGUCAAGCAGGAAGGAAGAUGGAAAAGGGGUAUCGGAUUGGUUUCCCCAGGUGGAGCCUUAUGUUAGUGCCCAGUGCAGUGCCAGACUGUCUCCUCUGCUCCUCCCACCUCAUCCCCAGGAGGACCCACCAGUGGAGCACAGGUAGCCUCAGUGGAGAUGCUUGGUGUGGGGAUCUGAGUGAAGGGGGUUGAGUAGCGACUACCUGGGAGAUGGCUGUUGGUAGUUCUGUGCCUGGUGUCUGCCUCCCGGUCCUGGGGUAAGGGGCAGAGAGAAGGACUUGUCUUAUGUAGGGUGUGGUCAGCCUUGGGGCCUUACCUACCCAGUUCUGCGAUAUUUCUUGCCCUGUUCCCCCUGGAAUGUGCAGUGAUCCAGCUGAGAAUAUGCUUUGAGGAGGAGGGAUGAGGCCUUAAUCUGGGAGGCCUCCCAGGAUUUCAGGACCAUCCCCCAUCCCAGGCAUCCCAGACGAGGACUGGCUGAGGCUAGGCGCUCUCACGAUCCACCUGCCCAGGGAGGGCAGUGGGGGAGAGACAGAAAAGCAAAGCGCAUUCUUCCUCAGCUCCACCCACCUGGAGAUGAAUGUAGCCAGAGAGGAGGAAGGAGGGAAGCUGAAGACACCGUGGCCCCUAGGCCUUCACUCUGCUAGAGUGGCCACCCAGAGGCUUCAGCCUGACCUCCAGCGGUCCCAAGAACACCUACUAACUCCUCUCCACUCCUUCAUGGCUGGGACAGUUACCAUGGCUGGUUCAUAUGCAAGUAAAGAUGAAAAUUUACUCAACAAAUAUUUAUGGAGCACCUUUUAUGUACCAGGCACUGUUCUAGGUGCUUAGGAUAUUCUCAUGUUUCUGAGGGAUUACAGCCUGGGAGGAUUCCACCAAUCUUCACUUCUAGCAGGUUUUUAAACGUGACCCUUGGCUAUAUUUCCCAUCUUCACAGUUCAAGCACCCCAAACCUGCCCUUUCUCCCCUGCAGACUGGCAGGUGGGAUUGGCUCCCAGGUCAUCUUCUCUCCCUCUUUCCCCCGCACCUUUCUCCCUCCACAGGAAACAGAUUUUUCAGGGCCUUCCACUCCUGCCGCUUUGUCUGUCUCUUUUUUUUUUUUUUUUUUUUAAGUAAUAUUUUUUAGAAAUACAUGUAAAAUACCAAGAAAUAAUGUCUGCACCUCUGCCACCUCUCUCUCACCUCUUAUUUCAUAAAGCUGGCUCUUUAUGUUGCUUUACAUGCCUUAAUAUAUGUUUUAUGGAGAUUAUACAUAUUAUAGAUCUAUAUAUGUAAUAUAUUUGUUUGGAUGUCUGAUCUUUUCCUACAGUUCCUGCCCAGGCCUGUUUUUCUCUCCCUUAUUUUCCAUAUCAUUCCUAGCAUAUCAAGGCCAUACCCCUUGCCUUUUUGAUCCAAAGAAGAGGAGAGGAAAGACUUAUUUUAAGACAGAUCUAUUUUAUGCUUUUGUUUAAAAAAAGCAAAUCUAUUUUCAAAAUGUGCAAUGUCUGAAUGGAAUUGGCAAAUGAGGUGAGGAGAUGGAGUAACUGCCUUUAGGUCCCAGCCCUGUGCCCUUCCCUCUGCCACAGUGGCUUCCUUCCAUCCUAUUCCCCAGUCAGGAAAGGGCUGGUCCCCAGAGCUCACCCAGAGAGCAUCUUGCCGGGGCAGGGCAUUCCCUCGGAAGUCCUGGCCUAAGGAUUUUAUUACACUGUCCACUCCUGAUGACCCUCUGCAGUUGUCAGGCGUGAAUCCUCUGGAAGGAACUGUUUGCAGUUUUAUGCACAAAGGAGACCCAUGCAGGCAUGCACCUCAAAUGGGCUGCUAGACUACCCCUCUUCAUCAGCCUGCUGGAAAGAGCAGACAGUGUAAUGGCAGCCUAUGCCAAACAGCACUAAGGAUGUCGGUCUACGAGAUGGUGUGAAGCCCAGAGGAGGCAGCUUGCGAUCCUCUGGGCCAUCCCUGGCCCUUUAGCACAGACACGUACAAGUUCCUUGGGCUUGUCACACUCCUUUUCACUCGAUCCCUCUCUGGUCUGGGUCACAUCUGUGACAUCCCCCCUCUGCAACCUUUCUCUCUGGGGGCUGUACCAAAGGCAUGGUACCUCAGUCUGGCAUCCAGACUGCGAAAUCAGCCUCUGAGCCGAGGAGGGUCCUACAGACAAGGUGACAUCUCAACCUCACCCAAGAAACCCCCAGGACUUUACCCCAGCAGGCUGCCACGGGGGCACCGAACGAAGCCAGCUCAGCCUUCCAAACUGCUCAGCCUUUGUCAACCAUCAAAUUGGGCAAAGGGUCUCUGGCCUUGCAAGGAUUUGGGCAGGAUGGAAGUCUUUGUCUAGAUCUGAAAUCAAGGGCUUGGGAAUCUAGAGCCGAGCUCCUGGCCAGCGUUUGAAGCCUGGCCUCCCAGCUGGGGCGUUUACUGACACCCUGCCACCAGCCUAGAACAUCCCGCUCUGAAUGAACAGAGCGCAGGUGGGGGUCCAGGGCUAAGUGACCCACCUGGGGACGCUCUGAUUAUUCAUCCAGGGCCUUCUCAACGAGCACAUUACCUCCAUGAUCAAUAACCAAGAGGCUGCAAUCAAAUACUGCUACUGUCACUUCGAAGAUUUUCUGAGAUCGCAAGUGGCACACUUGCUCUCCGACCUUUGGGAGAGGCAUGUUUUUGGGCAGGGCUGGCUAUGGCAAGAGGGAACCAGUUCCUUUCUCCUUUAGGCACCCUCUACCUGGCAGCUCUUAAAACUAAGAAAAAAUAUUAUAUACACACACACAUAUAUAUACACACACACACAUAUAUAUCUAUUUAUGCACAUAUUGGGGCCAAUUUGAUUUGCUAGUAUUAGACAAUAAACCAUACAAGGAAAUGUAUGAUCUCAGUGUCUUUAUUUAGUAUAAAAGUGACCUUAGAAGAAGGGUGAAGGUUAGAUAGAUGGAAUCUCUGUCGGGGGCAUCCAGCUGUAACAUCCCCUUAGCAUCUUUCUAGCCAAUGACCCCCCUCCCCAGGAGGAGGGGACGGCCUGACUGAAACAGGUGAGAGUUUGCUUCCUCCUUUCAGCAGCAUUCUUUUUAGAUUUAGGUACCGAAGAAUUCCAGUGAGUUCUGCAUUUGUAUCUUGCAAGUUUGUAUAAACUCAAUAUAGGAAAUAAAAUGAAUGUUUUGUA